GCUUCUGAAAAGUAGACAAAAGAACACUCUUCAGGGCCACGCGAGAGGAAGGACGUACUACGUCCAGGGGAAAAGCGCUUCACGUACAGUAGAUUCCUCCUCAGAAACAUGGCGGCCGGAGGGAGGCUGCCCAGCCUAAGCGUUUGUGUGCUGAGAGAAAGCACUGUCACACUGAAGUUCUGUCCCAGUGAAAAUAUCCUGUAGGAAAGAAGGGGAAAUCAAGACAUUUUCUUCACCUGAAGGAACACUGGGAGAAUUUGCUCUCAGCAAAUUUCCCUAAAAUGAUGACCAAAGGAAGUUCACCGGAGAAGUGGUAACAGAAGAAAACCUGGAACAUCAGGGACAAAGAAAGAACAGGAAGAGUAAAAAUGCUUGUGCUGGCGCUAGGGGCGCCCGCGGGUAUGGGUAGAGCCAGCCAGGCCUGUGGCGCCGCCCGGGGGCUGUGCUGGCGCUAGGGCCCCACGGCGGCGUUAGGAUGCACCUGUCCGCCGUGUUCAACGCGCUCCUGGUGUCGGUGCUGGCGGCGGUGCUGUGGAAGCACGUGCGGCUGCGCGAGCAUGCGGCGGCGCUGGAGGAGGAGCUGGCCGCCGGCCGCCCCGCCCCGGAGCCCGCCCCCGCGCCCAGGAUCGACUACCCCAAGGCCCUGCAGCUCCUGGCGGAGGGCGGUACGCAGAUGGUGUGCAGCGGCCGCACGCACACCGACCGUGUGUGUCGCUUCAAGUGGCUCUGCUACUCCAACGAGGCCGAGGAGUUCAUCUUCUUCCACGGCAACGCCUCGGUCAUGCUGCCCAACCUGGGCUCCCGGCGCUUCCAGCCGGCGCUGCUCGACCUGUCCACCGUGGAGGACCACAACACCCAGUACUUCAACUUUGUGGAGCUGCCGGCCGCUGCCCUGCGCUUCAUGCCCAAGCCCGUGUUCGUGCCCGACGUGGCCCUCAUCGCCAACCGCUUCAACCCCGACAACCUGAUGCACGUCUUCCACGACGACCUGCUGCCCCUCUUCUACACCUUGAGGCAGUUCCCGGGGCUGGCGCACGAGGCGCGGCUCUUCUUCAUGGAGGGCUGGAGCGAGGGCGCUCACUUUGACCUGUACAGGCUGCUCAGUCCCAAGCAGCCACUCCUGCGGGCGCAGCUGAAGGCGCUGGGCCGGCUGCUGUGCUUCUCCCACGCGUUCGUGGGUCUCUCUAAGAUCACCACCUGGUACCAGUAUGGCUUCGUCCAGCCCCAGGGCCCCAAGGCUAACAUCCUUGUGUCCGGCAAUGAGAUCCGGCAGUUUGCCCGGUUCAUGAUGGAAAAGCUGAACGUGAGCCACGCGGGGGCGCCCCUGGGCGAAGAGUACAUUUUGGUUUUCAGCCGCACCCAGAACAGACUCAUCCUGAAUGAGGCCGAGCUGCUGCUGGCACUGGCCCAGGAGUUCCAGAUGAAGACGGUGACGGUGUCCCUGGAGGACCAUGCCUUCGCUGACGUCGUGCGGCUGGUCAACAAUGCCUCCAUGCUGGUCAGCAUGCACGGGGCCCAGCUGGUCACUGCCCUCUUCCUGCCCCGCGGGGCAACCGUGGUCGAGCUCUUCCCCUAUGCGGUCAAUCCGGACCACUACACCCCCUAUAAGACGCUGGCCACGCUGCCCGGCAUGGACCUCCAGUACGUAGCCUGGCGGAACACGAUGCCAGAGAACACGGUCACGCACCCUGAGCGGCCCUGGGACCAGGGGGGCAUCACCCACCUGGACCGGGCUGAGCAGGCCCGUAUCCUCCAGAGCCGUGAGGUCCCGCGGCAUCUCUGUUGCCGGAACCCUGAGUGGCUCUUCCGCAUCUACCAAGACACCAAGGUGGAUAUCCCGUCCCUCAUCCAAACCGUGCGGCGUGUGGUGAAGGGCCGGCCUGGGCCACGGAAGCAGAAGUGGACCGUCGGCCUCUACCCAGGCAAGGUUCGGGAGGCGCGGUGCCAGGCGUCCGUGCAGGGCGCCUCCGAGGCCCGCCUCACCGUCUCCUGGCAGAUCCCCUGGAACCUCAAGUACCUGAAGGUGAGGGAGGUGAAGUACGAGGUGUGGCUCCAGGAGCAGGGGGAGAACACUUACGUGCCUUACAUCCUGGCCCUGCAGAACCACACCUUCACCGAGAACAUCAAGCCCUUCACGACCUACCUGGUGUGGGUCCGCUGCAUCUUCAACAAGAUCCUCCUAGGACCCUUUGCAGAUGUGCUGGUGUGCAACACGUAGCGAGUGUGCUGUGGCCAGGCCACGGUGGGGGGCGGGGAUGGCUCC